CUAUUUGAACGAUGUACCUAAUAACACUAUUGGCUCUAUUUGGUGCCGCGACUGCGGCACCAAACGCACUCGCUCCGCGUAUUGUUGAAGGACCAGCACCAAACGCACUCGCUCCGCGUAUUGUUGGAGGAUCUAAUGCUAACAUAGAAGAUUACCCUUUUAUGGCAGUCAUAUUAGGAUCUAAUGACGACUACAUUCAAGUUCGUUUUAUACCCUACUGCGGUGGAACUCUAAUCACAACCAGAUCCAUUCUUACGGCAGCCCACUGUUUCUUUAACAACGUUAUAGAUAACAGACAAAUACGAGUGCGACUUGGCUCGCCAUUCUCAUAUUUUGGAGGUAACUUUCUUAGAGUUCAAAAUUGGAUUAAGCAUCCUGGAUACGCGUUUCCUAAAGUAUAUCACGACAUUGGAAUACUGAACCUCGCCGCCCCCGCCACACUCUCCAGCCGCAUUGGACUUGCCCCUAUCGCUGGACCGAACUACUUGGUCCCAGAUAAUACUACAGUCACCGCUACCGGAUGGGGCUUACUUGAAUGGGGUGGUGAACCGUCACAUAUCCUUCAACAAGUCGACAAAAAAAUCGUCAACCACGACAUCUGCAGAGAAAACUAUGCUCUACUGCAGUCUGUGUUAGGUGAACUUCAAGUUCCUAAUGUAACAUCGGAAAAGAUAUGCGCUGGAAUAUUGGAUGGUGGUGGCAAGUCUACUUGCAGUGGUGACUCAGGAGGACCUCUUCUUCACCAAGGAGUUGUUAUUGGAAUCACCUCCUUGGCAGAGUUCGAGACAUAUCUUGGAUCACUCAGAGCUGCGAUGGCCAGACAGUCGAUGAAACCUAUUCUGGUUCUCGGCGACUUAAACGCGAAGUCACGCGCCUGGGGCAACCCCGCCACGAACCUGCGAAGAAGGGCUGUCCAAGUGUGGGCACUACUCUCCGGCCUAUCCCUACUGAACAAGGGGCAGGCUCACACCUGCGUGUGCCAUAACGGGGGGUCCGUGGUGGACGUCUCCUUCGCCACACCUGUCGUAGCACGCAGAGUGUUGGAAUGGAGGGUAGAGGAAGAGGUGGAGACCUGUCGGACCACCGUUACAUCCGACUCGAGAUCUCUACCUCUCGCAGGCUGGCGGAACCCCAGAGGGUGCCGACCACUUUGCCGAGGUGGUCUCUUGGCCAGGUUCCGCGGGACGGAGGGAGGGUGCCAGCGUGGAAGAGCUGGCGGGCCGCAUGAGCCGUGCCCUCAAAAAGGUCUGAGAUGCGGCCAUGCCGAGGACCCGUCGCAGAGCCCAGCGCCGGCAUGUGUACUGGUGGUCGCCCGAAAUAGCCGAGCUUCGGGCGACGUGCAAUCGGGCGCGGCGGGCCUACGUCCGCUGUCGAAGACGCAACGGCCUCGAUGUGGACUUGGAGGGACAGCUUUUGGCCACUUACCGCCAGCUAAAAAAGGACCUGCAGCUGGCAAUAAGUCGGGCCAAAGAGAAGGCGAGAGAAGAGCUGCUGGUGAGCCUCAACCGUAA